AUGUCAAGAGAACAGAUUAUACAACACAUUAAACAAAGAGAUAUGAUAGUGGUGAGCAGUAUCUUUUCAAAUUGUGGAGAUUAUAUGAUUGCUGCUAAUAAUCAUGGUUUUAUCAAUAUUUGGUAUCUACCUGAAACUAUACUUCAUCAUCAACAUCAACAUCAACAACAUCAUCAACAACAACACCAUAUGGAUGAAGAUACAGUAUUGUUAUCACCUUCAAUUCAACAACAACAACAACAAUCAAAUAACAACAAACUUACAAAUUGUCACUACUCUUUUGAAACACCAUCACAGUCAUGUAUCAAUAGUCUUUUAUUGAUUAGUAAUGACUCUGUACUACUGUCUUCUGACGACACUGAUAUUCUUGCAUGGAAUUGGACAGAUAUCAAGAAAAUAAUCGGUGGACAAUUACCUCAACAAGCCAUUCAACCACUCUUUGUCAUACCAUCGCCACAAAAGGAAGGAAAGAGAGGUAGUCUAUCUGAAAGAUGUGAAAUUAAUUCAAUGGAUAUUGAUAAUAAUGGACAUUUAUAUCUUGCAUCUGGUGAUUGUAAUGCAUAUAGUUAUGAUUUGAAUACAUUGAAAUGUGUUUCGAGGUAUCAAGGACAUAAACAAUAUCUACAUAGUGUUAAAUGGAACAAACGAUACAAUUCACUCAUUACAUCAUCGGAAGAUGGUACUGUAAGAAUAUGGGAUGCAUCAACUGCCAUCUGUCAAACCAUCCUUUGUCCAAAGUUACAAAAAUCAAUAUCAGAAUCUGAUUCAUUCUUGUCUAAUCAUUCAAAUUCUUCCUCUUCUUCAUCUUCAAAUACAAGAAAUAAUAAUAAUAAUAAUGGUAAUGGAAACAAAAAUAAUAAUAAUAAUAAUAAUAAUGCUGGAAAUGGGAAUAUAACAAGAGAUCAAUAUUGGACAGGUCCAGUUGACAUUGAUGAAACUGGUAAUUGGUUGGCAGUUGGUGGAAAUAUGGCUAGUAUGUGGUAUCUUGGUAAAUUAAAUACCAUGUCCUCUCUAUUAUCAUCUAAAUUUAAUGAAUCUAUAUAUUCCCUUAUUUUUGAAAAAGAUAGAAUUUUAACAGCAGGAACAUCAGGAUAUGUAAAUUAUUAUGGAUUAGAUGGUAAAUUACUUAUGAAAGUACCAUCAACCUCUGAAAUAUUAUAUACACUGUCAUAUAACCCACAUCAACGAAAUCAAAUAUUAAUUGCUGGUGGAACAUCACCACUCAUUAAUACCUACAUCAAUCAAGAGAACAUUGCAUUUUCAUAUUACUUUUCAAAUCAACAAAGUUAUUUAUAA